AUGACGCCUGUUAUUCAAGCACAGACAGAUACGAUACAAAGUGAUCAAAUUACCAGUAACGACGGCCAAAGCUGGUCAGCGAAUAGUCAUCAGAGGCGUGAGCCUGAAGGGCUGACGAGUAGCCUCGAUGAUAUCCUAGAUACAUAUUCGUUGCCUAUAAACUGGCUUCCAUUUGACGAUGUCCCACAAAGCAGCUCAUUCCUGCAUAGUAUAAACGACACGCCUCGUCUAGUAUCUGGAGUUGAUGAUGCAUCUACGACUGCUCCCCGGAGCCUCGAGACGCAAGCAUCGUUCACAAAUCUUCCAGAAAUACAUGAGCAAAGCUUACAACAAGACCAUGUUUCCGCCUUGAUCGCUUCAAUGGCCUCAAACAACGAAAGGAAAGCACAGUCUUCGGAAAUCAGUGACGAUCCUUCGCUCCCCUGCAUUAAAGCAACGCAUUAUUCAGACGGUGCGGGUUUCAGGGAAAGUCGAGCAGAGAGAUACAUGCGACAACGACGCGCUGCAUAUGGCGAAGACCAUGGACCAAGUCCGGACCAGCAUGUCCAAAUAUCAUGGAUCAGCGACCUAGAUGCCAGAGUCACGACAGCGAGGCAACGGAAUGAAGCCUCCAGUGACAUUCCAGGUAGUAUAUUCGAGCAGCUCAUGUCAAGAUUGGACUCUCAUGCGACCAGCUCGCAUACACUUUCUGACUUUGCCGCACACAAAGAACGUCUGCUAGCGAAAAGCACCUUUCAACUAUUUAUCAGUCUCUACUUUGAGCACUUUCAUCCAGUAAACCCUUUCAUUGAUAGAUCGCAUUUGUCUAUUCCCCUCUGGGGCUGGAGCCUGUGCCUAGCUACCGCUGUAGUUGGUUCCAAGUAUUUUGGUUCUGAAGAAGUCAGUCGCUUUGGAGAUUGCUUAUGCUGUAUCCUGCAUGAGCUCAUGGCAAGUGAAGCUCGGAUCCUGGCAUCAGUUGGGCUGUGUCAAAGCCGUCAGCCGGAGCUACUAAGAUGCGGAUACAAUGCCUUAGCGAUGGCAGGACACGCAUGCCUUCGACUUCGCUUACUGAGUGAAGAUGAUAAUAUCGGUUCAUAUCAGGAUGAUCAGAGUCUGGAGCAGAAGUGGAUCACUUGGCGAUUUCGAGAGACACGAAGAAGAACAGGCCUUUUUAUCUGGUUGGCCAGCUGCUACUUCUCUCUUGCCUCUGAGCAUCACCCGUGCCUGUUCCCCGAUCAGCCUCAACUGCGGCUUCCGUGCCGAGAGGAAUUAUGGGCAGCCAAGUCGCCACAGGCUUGGUUUAAGGCCAAGUCAACCGGUGGAAAUGUCGAUUCAAUAUCCUUCUCUGCAGAAGAAGCCUCACGACUUACAGUGCCUGAAGUAACACUGGAGCUUUGGCGAGACUUGAAAUCUCAACAUUCGACGAAUUCCUUUGCGACCAUAGUCAUAAUCCACAUGCUGGUCCAUCGCCGAUGGAACGCUAAGGAAUAUUUGGCCGAUGCACUUCGAGACAUGCCACAAACAAAACAGUCAAACAUGCAUGUACCUGAGGGAAAAUACCUUGGUUCAGUGCCCGAGUACAUCAAGUGGCGUAAUCAAUGUUGUGACUGCUUGGAUGUGCUGCACUGGGAAGCACUCAGUCUAUCAGCCCGGGCAGAAGGACUUGAGGAUCCCGUGUUACUGCAUCUACAUCUAGCCCGCCUCUCACUCCUCGCCCCGGUCCGCGACCUCUUUGCGCUUGCUGACCAGAGUACCCUCUCAGGAAUGACACACAUGACCCCCGGUAGUCUCUAUCACCACGACACUUCCAGCCUAGAACCACGGAAGAUGAUCAAGAUCUGGGCGACUCAAGAUCGAUAUAAGGCUCGUCUGGCAGUGAUACACGCUGGGGCUGUUCUGUGGCAUGUGAGGAGAUACUCAUCAGACUUGAUUAUUGAACCAUUUGCUCUGUUUCUUGCAUCCUUGGUGCUGUGGGCUUACGGUCAAACCUCCAAUAUUCGAAAACGCUACGAGUCUGCAUGCACUAUGGCACAGUCUCCAUUGAGCGCCAACGAGGACUCUAUGAGUCCUUCGACCACAACACAGGGUUCAUUAGGAAGCCAUGCGAUAGGCGAUAGUAUGUCAACCAGGCGUCGAAUGCCACGCGCUAUGCAACUAGACAGGCCAAUGGAUGAUGAACUUGUUCAGUACUUUAUAAGGUCUGGUGAGGACCUGUGUCUUCCGCUUGAGGGAGUAGACGACCUGUGUGCAGCCGAAGGCCCAUUACAGGUUCUGCAAGAGGUAUCGAGUCUACUGAUGGAACAACACAAGCCUUGGGGCGUUUCUAAGACUUAUGCUAGACUUUUGCAAGACCUUCAAGUGCCGCAGUGGUAA